AUGUCAUUCGCUUUUUAUGGACACACUUUGCUUUCUCGGUUCCACAGACAAGAAGAGCGCCAAAAGGAGACGACUGAGCUGGAAGUUGAAUCCGACUCCCACGAAGUCCACGAAGUCCACGAUGAUGCCAACAGCGGCUUUUUAAUAACAUGCCUCCUGCGCCGCCCGCAACUGGACCUCCAAGGAACAAAGCCACUGCACUACACCAGAAACGUGCACCUCUUCAACGGCGCAGGCAAUCGAGACCACCGGGCCCUCGGCACAAAAUACAACCUGAAAGAUCGUGGGCCCGAUCCCAAUUAUGAGGUCAUAAGCACCCACUUCCUUCAAGCGAAUACCACCAUCCCCGUCCCGACCGUGGCGCAGGAGGGGACCGAGAAAUCCCGGCACUUCACCAUGGUCGAGCGGGUGCCUGGGGUCCCGCUGGAGAAAAUAUGGUCAUCCAUGCCGCAGUCCGCUCGGGAGGAAUUGGCUCGCUGUACUGCGGAGUAUCUGGGGCAGCUCCGCUCGUUCCAGUCGGAGACGAUGGGGAGUGUGGAUGGGUCACCCCUUUACUGUGGGUUUCUUUUUCCGGGGAAGGGAAGUGAGGGUUGCCAGGUUCCCCAUGGGCCGCUGAAGACGGCUGAGGAGCUCUGGAGGGAAUUGGAGAAGUCUUUGGAUAUGAAUAGCUUGGAUGUUCCACUGGCCGUGAGAGUGCGGCUCCGGGAUUGUAUGUCUGAUCCUGCGCCUUGGACGUUUAUUCAUGGCGAUUUAACGAGUUGCAACAUUAUGGUGGAUCCUACGGCCUAUGAACUGACUGGUAUUAUUGAUUGGGAAAGGUCCGGGUAUUUCCCUGUGUGGUAG